CACUUUUCUAGGGGAAAAAGGAAGAGAAAGGAGGAAAGGGGGGCUCAUGUGUUAUGCACCCACAUCAAUUUGAAUGCUUAAUGGCCAUGGAAUCACAGAUUAAUGGGAAUAUAAUGGAGGGCAGUGGGAGUUAGGAGUAUUGGAAUAUCUAUAUUAAGGAAAUGUAUACAUUAUAAAUUUGCAGAAGUUCAGCAACAGGAGAAUGUUGUAUUUGUUUGUGUUGAUGUUCUAGUGUUUGUUGGGUUGGGAUCUGAUGAUAAUUAAUGCAUAUAAAGCUUAGUGAGGUAUAUGUGAAUAAUAUAUAUAAGGGGCUGUGAGAGAAACAAGCAUCCUAGAAGUAGUAGGUACAAGACUGCCCUGACAAAAGAAUCAGGGGAGUGGGGAGGAUUUGCAAAUGGAGGGAUUAUGGUUCAGCUAUUUUUUGUUUUUUUAAAGAGUGGUAUUGAAAAAUGGGCAGAGCAUGGCAUGAUGGGCAGGAGGAGGGAGGAAAGGAGGCUCAAAUCUCCUUGCAGGCGUGAAGCACGAGCUGUGUAGAGGAAUUUGGGAAAUUCAAUGCGAGGGAUCAUCAGUUUUCGAGGAGAAAGAGGAAUGUGAGAUUUCAAUGUUACAAACAUUAGUUGUGCUUGAGAUUUUGCAUUGAGCGAAUUCGAGCGUGUGAGGGGGGCCAGGCUUUUCUCAUGAAUUUUUCAUACAAAAAUACCAUUUUCUCUCUUUCUUGCUAUCCUUCUUAUCUUGGUUUUUCCCUCCAACUGUGAAUAACUACAAUGUGGUGGUGGUGUUCUUCGAUGGAGAAGAGGAGAAGGUUGAGUAUAUUCUGGGUGAUGAUACUUUUGUGUAUGAGAACUACCUUCGCAGCACUCACCCCAAAGGGCGUUAACUAUGAAGUUGUUGCUUUAAUGAGAAUUAAGAGUAUGCUGGUUGACCCACAUAAUGCAUUAGACAAUUGGGAUUCGACUUCUGUAGACCCUUGUAGUUGGAGUAUGAUUACAUGCUCGGCUGAUAACUCUGUCACUGCCUUAGGAGCCCCCAGCCAGGGCUUAGCAGGCCCAUUGUCCGAUGGCAUUAAAAACCUUACCAAUCUUCAGACUGUGCUUCUGCAAAACAAUGCAAUAUCCGGGCCACUUCCUGAAGAAAUAGGGCAGCUGGAUAAGCUCAAGACACUAGACCUCUCCAACAAUCAACUCAGCGGCGUGAUACCUACUUCACUGGGUCAGCUGAAGAAUCUCAACUACCUGAGACUGAACAAUAAUAGUCUUUCUGGACCGUUUCCUACAUCACUAGCCAACAUCUCUAGCUUAUCAUUUCUGGAUUUGUCUUACAACAAUCUAAGUGGCUCAGUGCCCAGGACUCAUGCUCGAACCGUCAUUAUCAGAGGAAACCCUUUGCUAUGUGGAGGCACAGCGCAGAAUUGUCUUGGGGAGUCUCCAGCGCCCACGGUCUUCACUGUGAAUUCAUCAGAAGGUACGGUACCAGCUGGAGAUUCUAGGAAACAUAAGGUGGCAGUAUCUUUCGGUGUAAGUCUGGGCUUCUUAUGUGUAAUGGCUGUUGGAAUUGGGCUUUUCUUGUGGUGGAGACAAAGACACAAUCAACAGGUUUUCUUUGAUGUCAAUGAGCAGCACGAUCCAGAGGUUUGCUUAGGACAUUUGAAGAGAUUCCAAUUCAAAGAACUCCAGAUUGCUACCGAUCACUUUAAUAGCAAGAAUAUUCUGGGUUCAGGAGGCUUUGGGAAUGUUUACAAGGGUUGCCUACAAGAUGGCACUCAUGUAGCUGUAAAACGACUGAAGGAUGCCAGUGCUGCAGGUGGAGAAGUUCAAUUCCAGACAGAAGUGGAAAUGAUCAGCUUGGCUGUACACAGGAAUUUAUUGAGACUCUGUGGUUUUUGCAUGACCUCCUCAGAAAGACUCUUGGUUUAUCCAUACAUGGUUAAUGGGAGCGUGGCCUCUCGUCUGAGAGAUCACAUUCAUGGAAAGCCUGCAUUGGAUUGGGGUACAAGGAAGAGGAUAGCCCUAGGAGCUGCAAGGGGACUUCUAUAUUUGCACGAGCAGUGUGAUCCCAAGAUAAUUCACCGAGAUGUAAAAGCAGCAAACAUCCUACUAGAUGAGUACUUCGAAGCUGUUGUAGGUGAUUUUGGUCUAGCAAAGCUUCUAGACCACAGGGAUUCACAUGUGACCACAGCUGUUAGGGGUACUGUAGGGCACAUUGCUCCAGAAUAUCUUUCGACAGGGCAAUCUUCUGAGAAAACUGAUGUAUUUGGCUUUGGCAUACUAUUACUGGAACUUGUUACUGGUCAAAAAGCUUUGGAUUUUGGCAAGGCAGCAAACCAGAAAGGAGUGAUGCUGGAUUGGGUCAAAAAAUUACAUCAAGAGAAAAAGUUAGACCUUCUGGUAGACAAAGAUCUGAAGACCAAUUACGAUAGAGUUGAACUUGAGGAAAUGGUUCAAGUGGCAUUGCUCUGUACUCAAUUUCACCCUGGUCACCGCCCUAAGAUGUCUGAAGUAGUUAGAAUGUUGGAAGGUGAUGGAUUGGCAGAAAGGUGGGAAGCAUCACAGAGGGUUGAAACACCUAGGUAUAGGGGGGUAGAAUUUAUAUCGAAGAGAUAUUCUGACUUUAUUGAAGACUCAUCAUUGGUUUUGCAAGCAAUGGAACUUUCAGGUCCCAGAUGACAUUUUUGUGAGAAGUUAUAUUGAAAAUCUGUAAAUGAUCACAUGUCAUGUGGAGUCUUCAAUUUUUUCCCAGAGUAUCUUGAAUUAACUCGGGCAGGACUGGCCAUGCAGCUUCCUUACAGUGUACAAGAUGCACUGUGGUGCGGUCCUGGCCUGUGGAUGUUUUUUUGUAAAAUUAUUGUAGUAUAUGUUUUGACCAGAUUUCAACAGGUUGCAUUUUUCGGACAUGGUUUUCCUUAAACAGAUCGAGGAAUAUAAGCAUGACUUAGUUGUUACAUAACUUUGUAAGGUUUUUGACUUCAUCAAUCGAUAUUCAGAUUGCCUGCAAAUUCCUGAAAGUUUGCUGUGGGUUAGGCAGGCAACAUUUAAAUGUGCUAUAUGAAAAUUAUAAGAUUCUCAAGGACAGUUAUAAGUAACAAACCAAGUUCCCCGUGAGCUCCUUUUUCUGUGAAGUGCUUGAAGUUUGUUUAACUCCAAAAGUUGAGUGGAUGACUAAUGUGACCCUGCAAAUUGUAAAGCAUAAUGGUUGAAGUGUAAUUUCUUUUAAUAUACAAGACUUUUCAAGUUUGUCAA